GUGAGGAACAUCGAUGUGUUUCAAGUCCGCUGUGUGGGGUUCUGUGCACCCAUUUUUCAUAAAUUAUUAAACGAACGAAUACGCGAUUAUAUCGUUUGUUCAGUCGUUCCGAUUAUGCGCGUCGAUCUUUUCAACUAAAUCAGUCGGGAUCCUUCAUUCAUGAGUUCUUUUCCAGAUGAAGCUGUAUAACUGACGUUGGAUUCUGUAUAUUUAUCUCCCUCUUAAUUAUGGAGAAUUUCGAGAGAUUUUAUCGCUACUUUGAAAGACCUCCAUUUGCUCCAAUCUAUUACCCAACCCCAGAAGAAUUCCUUGAUCCUAUCGCUUAUGUUGCCAAAAUCCGGCCUGAGGCUGAAGAGUAUGGCGUUGUCAAAAUAGUCCCUCCAGAGAAUUUCAAACCACCGUUUGCAAUCAACAAUGAGACUUUCGAGUUCACUCCUCGAAUCCAGAAACUCAACGAAGUAGAGGCUCUUGUCAGAGAAAGGCUGGUUUUCAUGGAGAAACUGAACACGUUUUGGAAUUUGCAAGGUUUCGAUCUGAAGCCACUAGUCGUUGACGGAAAGGCUGUUGAUCUUUUCAAGUUGUAUAAGGUUGUGUAUUCCAUGGGUGGAUCAGACGUAGUCACGCACAAAAAAUUAUGGACUCAAGUAUCUCGCAAAGUCAACGUUCGUAGCAGUCACGGUCCCUCCGCGGUCAAAUUAUUUUACACCAAAUUUAUGCAUCCUUUUGAAGUUUUGUACGAGAAAGACGAGUGUUUUGGUGGAGAGCCGUCAUGCUCUGACGAAAAGGAUUCCGAGAAAGAUUGCUUGCCCACAAUGCAAGGAAGGAGACGCGCGCAUCGACCUCGAGGAAGAAUGAUGGCUGGACUUCCCGAGCCGAAAAGGAUGAAGAUGUCUCCUCACAAAAAAAAGGCAGAUCCAAUGGAAAGCGUUUACUGUGUUGUAUGUCGUCGGGGAGAUGAUGAAGAUAGAUUGCUUUUAUGCGAGGAUUGCGACAAAAGCAUGCAUACACAUUGUUGCAGCCCUCCACUUGAUGGUGUCCCAAAGGGUGAAUGGCGAUGUCCCGAUUGCGUUGUCAAAGAAGUUGCCAAAAUUGGAGUCAAUUUCGGUUUCUAUGAUGCGCAUACUACAUAUAAUCUUUUUACUUUCGCGGAUUAUGCGAAUAAGUUCAAGACCGAGUACUUCAAUGUAAAAGAACCUGAGGACGUUUCUGACGACGUUGUAGAGCGCGAAUUCUGGCGCAUAGUCAACGAUCUAGAUGAGACAAUCUCCGUGAAGUAUGGAGCCGAUCUAAUCACGAGCAAGGUGGGUAGCGGUUUUCCGCGUAAAGGGGAUGAUCAUCGCGGAGUUGAUGCCAAGCAAAAGCAAUAUUAUGCCAAUCAUGCGUGGAACCUCAAUAAUCUACCUGUCUUGAGAGAAUCUGUGUUAUCGCACAUUGAAACUGGGAUCUCAGGUAUGAUGGUACCUUGGGUAUAUGUUGGAAUGUGUUUUAGUACGUUUUGUUGGCAUACUGAAGAUCACUGGACCUAUAGCAUAAAUUAUAACCAUUGGGGUGAGCGGAAAAUUUGGUAUGGAAUUGGCGGCAACUAUGCUUCGGAUUUUGAAAAGGUCGUCCGAGAGUUAGCUCCAGGUGUAACAAAGCAAAAAGACAUAUUCCACCAUAUGACUACAGCUGUAAAUCCUGCUAUCCUUCUUGCGAAGGGAGUCAAAAUUUGGACGGUGCAUCAAAAUGCGGGUGAAUUUGUGAUAACUUUCCCACGGGCCUAUCAUGCUGGUUACAAUGAGGGAUUGAAUUUCGCGGAGGCAGUAAAUUUUGCUCCUAUCGAUUGGCUGAGCAAGGGACGUCAAUGUGUUCGCGAGUAUGCAGACGUCGGUCGAUUCUGUGUUUUUUCUCAUGAUGAACUAGUUUUGAAAAUGGCCUCAUCAUGCGACAAACUUGGAAUUGCCAUGAGUUUAGCAGCUUUGGAUGAACUGCUGGAAAUAUCGAAGCGCGAAAGUCAGGAUCGAUCUCGAAUAACAAAGAGUGGAGUAUCUUUAUCUAGGAGGGAAAAUUUUGAGGCAAUUGCUGAUGAUGCCCGAACAUGCAGGUACUGUAAUACAACUGUAUUCCUUUCUGGUCUCUCAUGUGCGCAUGGGAACACAGUAUGUUUGCAACAUAGCCACCAUUUAUGCUCCAAGUGUCCGAUCUCAGAGUAUGUAUUGAGGUAUCGUUAUACCAAUGAUGAGUUGAGCGACAUAGUACACAAACUUGAGGAAAGAACGACAUUGUAUUUUGAUUGGAAGGAAGAAGUUGAUAGGACUCUCAACGAUCCAAAAAAGCCAUCAUUGGAUGCAGUGGAGAAUCUGCUCGAAAUCGCUCGGCAGAAACGAUUUCCCCACACCAGUCCUCUCAUACGGUUACUUGAUAUUUCAAAGAAGUGUCACACAGCCUGUGAUAGGGCUCGCACCCUUCUCAACGGGAAAGUCAGGACAAGAGUAAAGACGCGGAUUCAACGUGCAGAUACUCGCUUUGACAUCAACGGAAUCCGAUCUCUUAUAGACGAACUGUUGGGUUUGCCGUGUGACCAACAACCGCUCAUCGAUGAACUCAAAUCGCUUAUCGAAAGAAUUGAAAAGUGGCAAGAAGAAGCGCAACGAGCAAUUGAAAAGUGUAGUUUGGAAGAUUCCGAGACGAUAUCUUCGCAUGAUCUACGAAAUUUGGUGGAACAGGGAGAAGAAUUUGACGUACGACUGGAUGAAAUAGAAAAACUUUGGCGGACCGUUGAAAUGCGAGAAUGGAUAGCGCAGGCUAAGCACGUGUUGGACUGGACUGCAACUGAAGGGAUGGAAAAUGACGACGAGUUUCUUGCACAUGAAAGAUGGAGCUCCGACGACAUACUGCGUUUGAUCUCGGAUGGUUCUCGUUUAUUUUCUUCUGCCUCUCCCAUGUCAUCUGUGAAUAGCCUUCACAACCGUCUGAAAAGUGCUUUGUUAGCUGAAUCUAAAGUGGAGCGUCUCUUUGCCGAUCCAUCUGCCACAGAAGCAGACAUAGAAAAGCUGUGGCUCGAAGUACGUGAAUCUGAUUGGAUGUCUUCAAAAGCAAUGGACAAAAUUAGGGAAGAACUGCUACGCAUGCGCGCUGUGCGAGAGAGGACGGGUGACAAGGAGACGUCAUUGAAUGAAUGCAUAGAUCUCAUUAGGGAGUGCGAGGAGUCCAAGUUCCUUGCCGACUCCGAAUUACACAAACAACUGAAGUCUGCUCGUGAUAGCUUGCUGAAAUUUACUCACAGACUUAUGAGCCUGUUUCAGAAACCAUCAUCUUACUACAACUUGGUUGAGAUAAUCCGGGAUCGUGAGGAUAUUGCACCUCUUGUGGAAGGUCAAAUCAUUCCCCGAUUUUUGGUAGAUUCGCCUGCACCAGAGGAUCAGUGGGUGCAAUUACGGGAGUUUUCCACAUGCGAAGAAAUGAAACAACAUAUUCAUGCACUUCGCGACCAACAACGUGCUCUCAUAGGCUCAUUGCAAGACGCGAAUUCCAAGCGCUCUACUAUCGACACCUGUAUAUGCUUGAGCAGUACUUCGCAACAGCCUUCCGACAUACUUGUUUGCAUUUUAUGUCGAGCGAAGUAUCAUGUUUCUUGCUGCGACUGGGAUCCAUUCCUUGAUCGGCUGCCAGAGGGGGCUUUUCUUUGUGUCAGAUGUCUGCGUGGAAGAAGACCUUGCAUCGAAGACGUACAAGCUGCUUGUAAUUUAGCCCCAUCAAACUCGUUGGAGGUAAUUCUUGUUCGCGAACUUGUCAAUCGUGGACGAGAAUUGGCAUGCGAGGCUAAAGCAGUCCUCGCUGAUAUUGCAGUAGUUGGCGAUGAGCUAAGUGGGGAACUGAAAGACAGGUUUCUUUCGCGAACAGCGCAGUCGGUAGUAGAAUCAGUGUUGGCGUGCGAAAUUCUCGACAUGGAUGUUCUACCCAAAGUCGCUUCACUCAUCCAGAAGACCUGCUCGUCCAUUCUAGAUGAUCAGAAGAAAGCUUGGUCUUUGCUACGAGAACGUCCUGCUCGGUCUUCUCCCAUGAAAUCUAUCUUCAUCCGAGCCAAACGAGGGAAGCGCAAUUCCAACGGCAAGCAUGUAUCCAGGAAGGAACGUAAGAGAUCUCGAGUUGUCUACCAUCAAGAUGAUGAGACGUGUUCGGCCGACACAUGCUUGAAGCCUUAUGGUGAAACAGUGGGAUGGAUUUUGUGUGAAGCUGGGUGCGCUCGAUGGUACCACUACGUAUGCAUAGGCAUGACCGCCGAAAGCGCCAAAUCUCUUCCAUCAUAUAUAUGCUAUCGAUGCAGCAGCUCAACACAACAGGUUGCGCAACAUCCCGUUGCAGUGUGAUUUGCCAGAUUCACUCAGUUUACUACACUUCAAACUGUUGAAUUAUUGAUAUGUAUGUUCGGUUUUUACCAAAAUCCCUUAGCCACGCUUAUACGUAGGUUUUACGUCUUUAUGUGCACAAGACAGUUUAAGUGUGUUUUGAGUCUUUAUAUUACCCUCAUCUCAUGCAGCUAUAGUUCCUCCUUGUUUGAUUGUUUUUACUUUUCUUAACUCGAUUUUGCGGUCAUGAUGCGUAGCUUUCUGAAGCGCCGCUCUAUCUCCCUCUCUCUCUCUCUCUCUCUCUCUCUCUCUCUCUCUCUUUCUCUUUGAUCCUCGCUUGAUGCUUUUCGAACUGUUAUAUAGCUUCAGUUCUUGUUCUUUUUUGCAGUACGUAGAACGUAUGUAUGCCUGGUCUUAGAGAGCUGAUAUCUUUACCGCUGCUAUCGUUUUCGUUCAACAGACGCAUAAUGUGCAGCCUGCUGACAGUCUCCUGAAGAGCUUUGCGUACGGCCGACUGCGACACUCUGCACAAGUAUCUUCUAUAGGUUUUGAUUGCGCCUGACAACUGGGCUCUAAAGACUUUGCAAUAUGAACGCUUUCCUUUUGUAUUUGACUAUUGUCUAGGACAACUGGUCACCUUUCUCUGUUUCAUUGCUGGUACCAGUCCUUUCAAGUUUUGUAGAUUUAAUCUCAUUUCCGCAGAUUUUCUGUGACUUUACGCUGGUUUCAUCCACUUAUGAUAUCAUGUUCUCAUCAGUUUUACUAACACUUAGAUUUCUAUCAUUUGUCAUGCUAUCUAGUUGCGUUUCAAACGAUGUCCCUUGACCAAUAAUUUUCGUACCCUGUCACAUACAGUAUCAUGAUUUGAGUUGUGUGAUGAAAAGCAAAAGAUGUUCGUUUGUUCAAAAGUUUGUUCUUCUCAGCCAGAAGCAAUGUUGAGUGGAAGCAUCGUCCACUAUUGAAAUAUUCAAAGAUCAAAUGCAGCUCAUAUGCGCUUCGCUGCGGGCUGUCCUUACUACAGGCCGUUCGCCCUGCGCACGGAGAGCAACGCUGUUGCGUACUUGAAGGUAGUUCAUGACUGGAAGAAGCGCAGGGGAGACAGGCGGCGAGAGUGCACAAGGAAAGAGGAGUGACGCGCAAUACACAUCUUGCGCACUCUCCGCGCCCUGCGCGGACGGCCUAUACACGGUGUAUCCGUGGUUAAUCUCUUUUUAGAUACGAACGAGUUUCGGAAGUACAAGGAAGCUGCUGAAUGCUGAAGCUGCUGAAGGGACCGUAUUCGCUGGCCAGAAGUGUGUAUGCGUGCCAAAGAUGUUGCACGUACUCCUUGGCUCAGCAAUUCUGCUUUCGAAGCCCCGUUGAAGUCUCUCUCACACACUCGACAUCCCAUAUCUUUACCAAUGGUGAC